UCGUUCAGUGAAACCAGCUCAGCCCCCUCCUCACACCUAUUUUGUUUCUUUCGUUUGCAUACAGUCACCCUCUGUGUGCUCACGCCAUACACACCUUAUAUGCAGAGCUUUCUCAACGCACCUGCAUUUCUCCUCCUCAUUAAACUCCCCGAGCUUCUCCGUCGAUGCGGCCUUCUCCAGAUCAGACAUGUUCAGUCCUCUUGUUUACCUGCUCAUUUCACUGCACCCGGUUUUUAACACCCGGUCCGCGGCGGUUCAUCGCUCAGGUCAGGAGAGUUCGCCGUGGUUCGUGGGCUGCGUCAACGCCAGCGGCUCCUCUUUCCUCGGGCUUUAUUCACCCAUGGGUGCCCAUGACCUUGACCCGGUAACCUGCUGUGUUCGCUGUCUGGAUGAGGGGUACCAGGUUGCAGCGUUGAUGUUGGAGAGCUGUUACUGUGGCAACCACCAGCUGCAUGAUUUGGCUGUUAGUGAGUGUUUCAACACAUCUUCCAGUGGAGGGUCAGAUGUCAGAGGAGAAAGUGAAAGACACAGCGUGCUGCACUACUUGCCUGCUGGAGGUGGAUGGGGGAUUGUGGCACUCUACAGAACUGAAGGACCAUUUCUGCACAGCAUUAGUCUGUCUACCUCUUUAGACAGAGUGCAGGCUGGGAGGACUUUUGUUGUGGAAGUCUCUGGAAACCUGGCUGGACACCCCAGCCAGCCCACAGGGAUCCUGAGUCUGGAGGGACAGGAUCUCUCUCAUGUCACUGUGGAGUUCCUGGACACGACCCCUAAAGGUCAAAGUUCACAUCAUGUCAGCUUGUUGGAUGACGGUUCUUUUGUUAUGUUAUCUGACUGGAUUUUGGAAACUCCAGGAAAAUAUGAAAUCAAUGUUAGUGUCUCCAACCUCCUCUCCACACUUUCCUCCACCCUCCACCUCUCCGUCUUGCAGCCCUCUCCAGAUGGCCUGGUGAUCUCUGUGCUUCAUGGGCCCCUGGGCGCCCCCUCCUGCAUACAGCUCCAGCAGACAGACUCAGACAGCGAGGUCAUGCAGGCAGCGUACCUGGGCGAUCCCGUCACGCUGCAGGCGUACGUGGGUGAAGGUCUGGCCACAGAGUUCUGCUGGUGGUUUAUUCAUGAGAAGAGAGAGGAAAACACAGAGAUGGAGGACGAGAGAAAAGGUGUAAAGACAGCUUGCCUCCCCAGCUCUUACUUGAACUGGACCUUUGAAACAGAAGGAGUUCACAUGGUGUCAGUGAACGCAUCCAGUACCAGUGGAUGGACACAGCAGACAAUACAUGUUGUAAUUGUGCGUCCUUCCGUUUCUAACGUUAAAGUGAGCGUGUUGAGGAAUCAUCUAAGAGCUGGAGAGCACAUGUCUGUAUAUAUGGAGCUGCUCACCACUAUGAAACACCUGCUCGUCCUCAACCUCACACUAAAUGCAGAUUAUGACCACAACUAUAAGAACAGCAAAGGAAAGGACAACAACACCGGCAGCAGGGGCAGCAUUGACAAUAACAGCUGCAGCAUUGACGGCAACGACAUGAAUAAUAUAAGUAAUGAUGACAGAGGUGUCUUCAGUGAUGAAAUCAGCUCCAACACUACUAACAUUGCUAAAACUGAGAGUCAUGCGAGCAGCAUUACUGACUGGGAAAACAGCAGUGAUCAAGACUGUAACCACAGUAACCAUGGUAACACCAGUUACAGUCACAGUCUCAAUCAACACCACAGUAAUAUCUAUUGUCCUGAUGGCACCCACUCCUAUCCCCACCACUUCAUCCCUCUCCACCUCCUCCACACCUCCAAUCCGUCCAGCUGCCGCCUGCACCUCCACCUUCACUGCUGCCUCCCCACCGCAGCCGGACGGUAUCACCUCACAGCAUCUGUUUUCUUCACUCAUGAUCCUUCAUCAGUACUGCCCACUGUCCUGCCUCAAGCCUUAAUGGUGUAUGAGCAGAUCUGUGCCCUGAGGCCUUCUGGGAGUUGGAUGUCAGUAGUUCCAACACACGCAGAAUUUAGCCUGGAGGUUGUCGGCCAUGGCAACCGCAUGGGGUCAAGGAUAAUUUGGACUUUUAUUUUGGAUAAUGCUGUUAUGAUGAACAGGACAACUGAGGAAUGGAGCAUGAAUGUGUCUCUUCCAGUAGCAGGGCGUUAUAAUGUCACAGUUAAGGCCUUAAACCCAGUCAGCUGGAGCUCAUUUCAAACACACAUUCUGGUUCAAGAUCUAGUUGGAGAGCUGGCGCUGAAUGUUCCCAGUGUGAUCCGAACAAAUCAGAAACACUCUGCUUCAUUUAGUGUCUCAGCAGGGUCAAACAUGACUCUGUCUCUGCUGGUGAAUGCAACAUUACUGUACAGAAACAGCAGCUAUGCUACAGGAGAAGAGGCAGCGGUGGUUUUGCUUCUCAACCACACCGGGACAGUUGCGGUCGAGCUUCGAGCUGAGAAUCGAGUUUCUUCUCAGAAGAAAAGCGUUAGAGUGUGUGUUAAGGGGAACAGGAAGCCGUCACCGCAAGUUAGAGUUAAUCCAAACUGGCAACCACCCACCAGUCAGAGUCCUGCCCACAGCCUGUGUGACAAUGUGUGGAUUUAUGCAGCAAAGCAAGCUUAUCCCACAAAUACAGAUAUAACCUUACUGGCUGUGUCUGAUGCACCAGACCUUGUGGAGUUUAUCUGGCACUUUGGAGACUCCACCUCAGUCAGAACCACCUCAAGGAACAUCACCAAAAGAUACAACAAACCUGGCAGGUUUGAUGUAGUUGUAGUCAUGUCUGGUGGUCAGUCAUCCGUCCCCUCUGAGGUGUUCCCGCUGGUCAUCCAGAGAGCAGUGAAACUCAACAGGCUGGUCCAUCAGCCCUCAGUCCUGCAGAAUCAGACAGCGACGGUGAGUUGUCGGGUCAAUGUCGGGACCAACCUCACCUUCCUCUGGAGCUUUGGAGACGGAUCAUCCAGGCUGGGACAGAGCACAGAACAGCAUGUCUUCCACAAAACAGGAGAGUUCAGAGUUGAGGUGACUGUGUCUAACCUGGUCAGCUCUGCCUCUCUGAGCAGUCACGUCUUUGUUGUGGACCGACCUUGUCAGCCUCCACCUGUCAAAAACAUGGGUCCUCUCAAGCUACAGGUGCGGAGAUAUGAGGUUAUCUGUCUGGGGGUGACCUUUGAAACUGAAUUUGACUGUGAUAUAUCAGGAGGUCUUCAAUACACCUGGACCCUGUUUGACUCUGCAGGCCAGACCAUCCCUUUGCCUUUCACAGACACACACAGACAGAGUCUCACACUGCAGAGCCAUCUCUUGCACUAUGACACUUACACUGCCAUAGCCAGGGUCCAGGUCAUUGGCAAUGUGGUGUACAGUAACUACAGUGUAAGAGUUCACGUGAUGCCGAGCCCUCCUGUGGCUUUCAUCCAGGGUGGCACCAACAUCUUCAUUAACAACAGGAACACCACCACAGUAACCCUGGACGGGCAGAGAUCUUACGACCCUGACUUCCCCAUGAACCCACUGAGCUACAGCUGGACAUGUAAACCGCUCAGCUCCAUCACCACCUCCUGUUUCACCCAGCACGUUACCACUUCCUCCCCUGUGCUCACAUUUCCUGUUAGUUUCUUAAAACACAACUUUGACCAGUUCCAGUUCACACUCACCGUACACAGUGGAGAGCGUUCAGCCUCAUCAGAGACCUUCCUCACAGUAAUACCAGAUCUGCUUGGGAAGGUGUCAGUUUAUUGUGCUCAUUGCCAAGGAGACCAGGUGAACUGGGAUCAGUCGUUCUCUGCCAGUACCUUGUGUGAAGACUGUGACGUUUCCACAAAACACAUCCAGUACAGCUGGAGCCUGUACCUGGUCGAUGCCUCCUCCAGGCCUGUCAUAGAAGUGCCAUUUUGUUACACAGUGGAUCUCGGUGCUCCCUCCACAAUCAUAAAGGGUCCUGCCAGUUCCCCUCAGACUCCUGGGACUUCCACACCACAUCCAUCUGACCCAGAUACUUCAGACUACACCCGCACUGUCUAUGCAUCAGCCCCUGUUCUCCUGGCUAAACCUAGAGCAAGAAAGCAAACCCUGGGCCUGGCUGACAGUGGGACAUCAUCACAGAGGAGCAGAAACAUGUCAAACAAAGCUGGAGACAAGCCCUUUUAUCAUUCCCUGGGAAAGUUAGACCCUGCAGAGCAUCAUCCCUCCACCGAAUACCCACCACUCGCCCUUGACAACAGUGGAGUCCUAUAUUCUGAACACUCUGGACAAAGUGAUGCUACCAGUAAAUUCCCAGUGGAUUCUGACUCCUCUGCUGAGUGGGAAUUUUCUCUUCCUGUCCUGGAGAAUGGAGACGUGGAAGGUCAACUAGACUCAGAUUAUGAUGUUCCUUUCCCAAGUGCAGAAGAGGGAGACUCAGGGAUUUCAGCAGGAAGACCUAUAGGUGUGGAUAGAGAGACCCUCAGUCCAGGAGAGGACUCAGUGUUUGAUCCAGCAGUACAUGAGGAUGAGGGGAGUAACCUGGUGCUUCCUAGACCCUCUGUGGUGAUCCAGGAGCCAACUUUGCUUGAUUUGCCCCGAUACCCAGUAGACAGAGUCCUUUUUGAGUCCUACACUUACACGGGAAUUUCCUCCUCUGUGCUCAGUUUCAGACCCUUCAGUCUGAAGCCUGGGAGCAGAUACAUGCUGGAGGUCAGUGCCAAAUUUCAGAAUAGUGUUCUUGGCCGGACUCAGUUGUUCGUAAAAACCAAGCCUGCUCCACAGGGCAUGAUGUGCCAGGUGCAGCCGGACAAAGGGAUGGAGUUACACACACAUUUCAGCAUCUUCUGCACCUCAGGGAAAGAGGAUUUACUGUAUGAGCACAGUUUCAGUGUGGGAGGCAGACACCCCAGGGUGCUGUACAAGGGGAGAGAUUUUCAGUACUACUUCAACCUUCCCUCAGGUGACCCUAGUGAUGACUAUAAAGUAACGAUUUAUACUGAGAUCAGAAGCAGCACAUAUGGGACAGCCACUAAACCCUGUCCUGUCACCGUCCGAGUCCAACCAAGCUUCCUCAGAGACACUUCCUCCCAUCACGAUCCUGAUCUGGUACUUUCAGGUUCAGGUCUGAGGAACCUGUCGGCUCUGGUGCGGCUUGGGAACAGUAGGGAGAUUCUGAACUACGUCAGUCUCCUCUCCAGCAUUCUGAACAGACUCAGCCUGCACACCGAGGCCAACACACACGCACAGAGACACGUGCGCAGCGUGCUCAUUUGCAUAGUGUGUGAGCUUGAGAGCAGUGAGCAGGCACUAAUGGAUGACAGCAUCUGCACACUCGAAGAUCUUUUAAAAGUUACAGAUCAGGUAACAUUAGCAAGUGCCAGGCGAGUGACAGUUCAUGUUCAGGACAUCUCAGACCUGUUUUUGGAGUCCACUUUUCCAGCCUGGAAUCAUCUGAACCACAAGACCCUCAACAGCCUGGUCACCGUGCUCUCAUACAUCCUUCAGGCUGCUGUUACUAAUCAUGAUUUCACACCUGAAACACCCAACAUUGAUAAUAUUACACAUGUAUUAGAAUCAGACUCACCCACUGGUGAAAACAUAAGAAAUACCAUUGCUUCUCCUGAUGUCUGCAUACCAGCUUCAUCCACCGGUGUUCACUUCAAACGGGGAGGAUCGGUUUCAACAAAGCAGAUGGCACAGCUUGUAGGUGAUACUCUGCAGACUGCGUCAGACCUGAUACUGAAGUACAUUUUGUUCCACAAGGUCCAGGAGCACAGAGUCAGCUCAGGUUUCAUCACUUUAUACGCCACAUUCCUAAACCAAACGUCCACGGUCAUCAGCAGUGGCUCAACCACCUUCUACCUGCCAGCCUCUCUGAUCCAGCUCCUGUUUGCACGUCGCAGUGGACAGAGUGAGAGCAGGCAGCGUCGACCGUGCGUGCUCAGCGUGCUGACUGAGCUUGACCACAGCCCUUACACCUGCACCCACUGUCCUACACAGCUCAGUGGACCAGUGGUUGACCUGAGUCUGUACAAGUGCAGCGUCAGGAGAGAGAUACCUGUUCGUUCCCUCGUUCAGCCAAUCAGUGCUGAGCUGCGGCAUCCACCAAGAAACAGGAGCCCUGUGCAUGAGUACCUUCUCCUCCGCAUGUAUGUCAACUACCACAGCUUCAACAUUACCCAUGACCACUUGCAGCAGGCCAUUCAGUUGAGCGUGGUGUUCACGCCACCACCCAAAAAGAUGUUUCCCAUCAUGCUGCUCUUCAGGAUGUUUGAGAGGCCGACUGCCAGCAUGCACCAUCUGCACAGGAUUCACCACUGGGAGAGCAACACCAUAUGCAUCACUCUGCCCCCAUCCUACCUCAACGCAGCAGGGGUUGGUCACCUGGCACUGCUCAAUGCUGAUUUUGGAAAAGCAACCAGACACAAGCACCUGAGUGAACAGAUCAGCUACAGUCUCUCAGUGGUCAGCAGCCAGUGUCUGUCCUGGGACAGCCACCAGGGGGCCUGGACACAUCACGGCUGCAGGACACAGCAAGUAGACUCAAACACUGCUGUCAACUGCAGUUGUCACCAGUUGAGGCCGCUGACUGUGGUACAGCACCAGAUCCAGAGCAGCCAUGACACAGCUGAUCUGGACCCAUUCCUAAGUGUGUCCCAUGAUCUGACUGUGCUGGGUGUGCUGGUGGUGUGUGUGUGCCUGUACAUCCCGGGGUUGGUGGUGUGUAAGACAGCUGAUGACAUCUCCAAGAAGAAUCGAAGAGUCCACUAUCUUUCUGACAACUCUCCAUGCGACUCAUAUCUUUAUGCUGUAACCAUCCACACUGGUCUCUGCUCUGCAGCCAAUAUGAGUGCAAAGGUUUACAUUGUGCUCUAUGGUGAAGAUGGGUUCUCACACACAAGAGAACUACAAGUCCCAGGGUGCACUCUAUUCAGGAGGAACUCUCAAGACACAUUUAUACUCAGUGCAGCAGACAGCUUAGGCUCUGUGUGGGGGGUUCACAUCUGGCAUGACAGCUCUGGGCCGUCCCCACACUGGUACCUCAGACACGUGGAGGUAUCUGAGGGCAUCGCGAAAGGACGUGCUUGGCUGUUUGUUGCUCAGUGCUGGUUGGCUGUAAACAAAGGCGAUGGCCAGGUGGAGAGAAUGCUGCAUGUCUGCACCCGCGGAGUAGGCUUUGCCAAGAUGUUAUGGUUUAAGCUAUCUAACUACCUGGCUGACUUCCACAUCUGGAUAUCUGUGUACAGGUGCCCCUGCCCUAACUUGUUCACACACACUCAAAGGCUUAGUGUGUGCCUGCUGUUGCUGUUGGGGUACGCAUGUGUCAACACAGUAAUCAUAUCACAAAUGGAUGAUCAGUUGCCGUUCGAGUUGGGUAUCCUUGAUGUAUCCGCUGUCUCCGUGACAACAGGAGUAUUAAGUGUGAUGGCAGUGUUGCCCGGAGCAACAAUGAUAUCUUUUCUGUUUCGACUGCAUGAGGUGAAGCUGAUGAGCUCAGGAGUCCGACAUGCAAAGAGCAGAAAGAGCAGAAAGGACUGUUUUGAAGAUGCCCUUUCAGUAAAUGACAGUGUAUUCCAUCUUUCUUGGAGCUGUCUUCAGCAGUGGAUACAGGAAGUCUGGAGGAAGAAAAACCAGGACACAGACGUGCUCUCAGUGUCCACUACAAUUCUGGAAAAUAAAGACACAGAUAAAGAAUCUGUAAUCAAACCAGAUAUGAUCACAGGAAACGAGGAUGGUCUUGCAGUUGAGAGUAGUAUGGGACUAGGGACCAGAAAACAUGCUGAUCAAGGAACUCAGAGAAAAGAGUUUGAUGUUUUAGUUGACAACAAGAAGUCUCAUGGAACCCAGAAAGACCUUUUGUCCAGUUAUAGGGAGGAAGAUCAAACCAUUCAGGAGGAGAAGGAAGAACCUCAAGGAAAGUGUCCAUCGGACUGUGGCUCUGAGGAAGGCAGCCAUCACCAGGCAGAGUGGUCUGGUCAUGGCAGUGGUUGCCACGUAAUUGACAAACUGAAAGGGAGAAGAGUUGGACCAGCAUCCCCGUGGUGUCACUAUUUGGCCUGGGUCCUCUGUCUGCUGCUGUCCCUCUCCUGCCUGGUGCUCUCUGCAGUGCUGGGGAUGAGAUUCACCAGCAGCAAAGUUCUGCUUUGGAUACACUCUCUGUCCUUCUCCCUGAUGUCUUGCAUCUUCUUCAUCCAGCCAGCUGUGAUACUUACUGUGGCAGUGACUGUCUCAUUUUGGUACAGGAAAAGGCCAGACUUUCAUUCUUUCUCCAGAAUAAAAGAGUGUGACAUAGAGGCCUCAACACUGUGCAGCCACAGAGGUGCUAGUCCAACAGGAGAACAGUUCAGGACAUCUGCUUUCCCUCAGGAAGAAUGCUUAUACCUCAAAAAGCUGCUUGCGACUCGACAGCGAGCUCGGUACCUGCGUCUUGUGCACCCGCUGACUCCAGCAGAGCUAAGGAGAAGUCGUGGGAGGAAAAGAAGAGAGACUCUUAUCCACAACUCCCUCAGGGAUUUGUCUGUCUGUGUCUCCAUGGCUCUCCUGAUGCUGUCUAUAACAUAUGGCAGCUCAUUCACUGACCAUUACCACCUCAAUAAAGCUGUCAGAAAACAGUUUAUAAGGAAUGAUGGUAAUGAUUUUAUGUCCAUACAAAAUCAUAAGGACUGGUGGAAAUGGACACAAACCAGUCUGCUUAAUCUGCUGUACAAGAAUGCAUCAGUCAAAACUGAGCAGUCACACAUUUUGAUUGGAGAACCGAUUCUGUGGAAGACUGAGGUGUCCAAGUCAUUUCAGGGCCAGCUCUCCAGUGUGACUCUUGGACCAGAAUCUCUUCACUUACGCUUACUGGGGAGCAAUACAUCCACUUAUCCACACUCCAUUGUCAUGGUUCCCACGGCAACGCUGCCAAGGACAUGUGGUCACCUGGGCUGCUACUCGGGGCUGAGUACUACAGUUGGCUUAGGCCAUACAAAGUCUGACGCCGCAUCCAAACUGAAUCUCCUACAUUCAAGUGGCUGGUUGGGGAGACAGACGGUGGCCCUGAAGGUCCAGUUCACCUUGUUUAGCCCUGCACCCAACUUGUUCACCAGUGUGACCCUGCUUACCGAGCAGAGUCCCACCAAUGUCCUGUUGCCCUCCUCCAAAGUUCUGUCAGUUAGGGUGUAUCACACUGCUGCUGUGUGGGACUAUGUUGUUAUGGCGUGCCAGCUCCUCUUCCUCCUCUUGUCUCUACUGCAACUCUGUCAUCAGAUGUGCGCCAUGAGGCAGCAAGGGCUGAUGGGAUACUGGAGGAAACCCUGCAACUGGCUAGAAGUGACUGUGCUGACAGUGACCUUAGUGUACUACAUUUACUAUAUCUAUCACUCCACUAUUAUCAUGCAUGUCGUGGAGCUGCUGCAGACACACAGAGGACACGUCGAUGUCAGCUUCUUAGCUACCUGGGAACAAAAUAUUCGCUCUCUGCGUGGUGUCACACUUUUCCUUCUCACCAUGAAGUGUGUGACUGUGUUGAGGGUGAACAGGACCUUGGCUACCUCUGCUACACUCUUAACCAGCUCACUCUCCAGCCUCUUCUGGCCAAUGAUUUCAGGGCUGAUCCUGCUGGUGGCGCUGUCCUGCGCAGGGAAUCUUGUGUUUGUACAAAGCUCCUGGGCUUUCAGCUCCAUUCCUCACUCCCUUCAAACUCUGCUCCGUCACUGCUGGGGUCUCAGAUCUGCCAGGGACCUCCUCCUCUCAGGGCAUAAUGUCCUUUACUGUGCAACGCUCUAUCUGUCCUCCACUGUGGUGUGGACUGCAGUGGUGAUAGGUGUGAUGUCCUCAUUGGUCAGAGAUGCCAAAAGAUCUCAGGGCAGGAGGGACGUCUUCACUGUGGCAGAAUUAGCAGGCUACAUCAGACGGAGGAUUUCGGAGUUCACUGGGCAGCGUGAACCAACGUGGGUUGAUAACCAUGUGGAGAGGAGGACGUAUUACCUGGAAGAGUUUGAGAGCCUGGUAGAUGAGUUAUUGUUCAGACUCAAUGCCCUCUCUAACAGCCUGCACCACACUCUGCCCCCGACAGCCCAUCACUACAUGGAGCCAGACAGUCCCAUCGCUUCAUCUAUACAGGAGCUCUCCAGCAUGGACAUGCAGGACUUUGUAGACACACAAAUGACAGAAGAGACAAUAGAGAUUGAUCACACAGAUGUCAGUGGCUGUGGGAGAACUCUACCUGCAUCUCACCUGCUCAGGUCCAAGCAUGGAUCAGAGCUGCAGCAGAGAGGCCAACAGAGAAACAAUUCCUUCUCAGACAUUGUUCUGGCAUCUGAUAAUCUGCAGGAAAAUCCAAAUGACAGAGGGGUCCAGACUCAUUUAAGGGGACAAAUCUCCCUGUCCCUCCCAGAGUCUGCAUCACUCAUCACGAUCUGGACAGACGAUGCUUUGGAGAAGCAAACUGACCAGUGGACUAAAACAAAUGAUAGUUGCUGGUUAAGUACAACUCAAGCAACCCAUACAGAGGUGGUAGUGGAGGUUCUAGUGCAUGAUGAGCCUGGAAGUGUAGAGCCAGGGAAACAGGAAGGUCAGGUCAGGCUGGCACACUGCAAGCAAUUAAAAAAAUGAAAUGUCUCAAAAGUCUGCAUUAUAAGAUUUUCUCUUCUGUUAAGAUGUAUAGAAUGGUGCAGUGUUGAGUGUGCCUAGCAUCUUACUUUUUUCCCUCUUGCUUGCCAAAUCAUAUUACCUGGAUCUUCAAACUACUCCUAGAACAAACUGAAAUAAAUCUUACAAGAAUUUUUGAUACUUCAUAAAAUGGCUCAUAGUUAAUUAUGUUUGUAAUUGAUUAGUGGACAAUUUAUUAAUGGCUUUUGUGAUCCAUAAAUGAAAAUGCAUUUUUGUUUUCCAAGUUGCUGGUAUAAAGUCAAUAAUGAAGUGACUGCUGUUUUCAUUUACAAUAAGGAUGAUUUUUUAAAAAUCUGCAGUU